UCACAUACCUAAUAGUUAUUACAUUCUCUUCUCUAUAUUUCUAAACCUACAAACUAUGGAUAAUAAUAAUCUCGCACUUCUUCUUUUGAAGAGAAGGGAAGAAGAGGAGUUUGAGUUCAUGAAUUUCGUUCAUCCAAUAACAAGUAGUGAUGAAAUAUCAGAGAGAAGACGUAUUCACACAUCUAUUCUUACUGGUGCAAUGUAUGUUCAAGAAGUUCUUGAAGGCCAUGAAGAACGAUGCAAAAGAGAGUUUCGAAUGGAGACUCAUGUUUUUAAAGCACUGGUCAAAUGCUUGAAGGAUAAAAGACUUAUUUCAGAUACGAAAUAUGUCAGCGUGGAAGAGCAGGUAGCCAUGUUUUUAUUUAUCUUGUCUAAAAAUGCAAGUAAUCGUACCGUACAAGAGCGUUUUCAACAUAGUGGGGAAACAGUAAGCCGUCAUUUUCGAGCGGUGUUAGAAGCAGUUACUAUACUCACUGAAGAUUUAAUUCAACGACCAUUGGCAAUCACUCCAUCGAAUAUCCGAUGGAACAAUAAGUUUUAUCCUUAUUUUGAGGAUUGCAUUGGGGCUAUUGAUGGAACUCACAUUCCUAUAACAAUUGCGACGAGCUUGCAAGAACCAUAUCGUAAUCGAAAACAAACAUUAUCUCAAAAUGUUAUGGUUGCAUGUGAUUUUAAUCUUCGUUUUGUUUAUGUAAGAGCUGGUUGGGAAGGUUCAGCAUCAGAUGCGAGGAUAUUACAAGACGCCUUAAACAAUGGUUUUACAAUUCCACGUGGAAAAUAUUAUUUAGUUGAUGCAGGUUAUGCUAAUACACCAAGUUUUAUUGCUCCAUAUCGCGGCAUACGAUAUCAUUUAAGAGAGCAAGGUGCAACUAAUGAGAAGCCAAAGGAUUAUAAAGAAUUAUUCAAUCUUCGUCAUUCACAACUCAGAAAUCAUGUCGAGCGUAUUAUUGGAGUUGUAAAAAUGCGUUUUCCAAUUUUAAAGACAGCUACAUAUCAUUCUAUCGAUAAUCAAACUGACAUUGUGACGGCUUGUUGUGUAUUGCAUAAUUUUAUCCGAAAUCGUAAUGGGACGGAAGAUUGGUUGAAUGAUGGCAUUUCAGAAAUCAGAAAUCAUGAAAUUAUCGAUGUGCCAGAUGGGGAUGAGGAAUAUGCUGAGGAUAUUGACUCUAUGAAUAAUCAACGCAGAGCAGGCAAUUUUAAGCGUGAAGAAAUUGCAAAAAAAAUGUGGACUGAUUAUAUAGCUAGACACCAAUCUAGGAGGAAUUCUUGAUUGUUA